CGCCGCCGCCGCCGCCUCCUCCUCGUCGCGUCGCCCGCCUAAGCCAUGGCCCCGAAGAAGGAGAAGGCCCCGCCGCCGUCCUCCAAGCCCGCCAAGUCCGGGGGCGGCAAGCAGAAGAAGAAGAAGUGGAGCAAGGGUAAGCAAAAGGAGAAGGUGAACAACGCGGUGCUCUUCGACCAGGCCACCUACGACAAGCUCAUCACCGAGGCGCCCAAGUACAAGCAGAUCACGCCAUCAGUCCUCUCCGAGCGACUCAGGAUCAAUGGCUCUCUGGCUCGCAGGGCUAUCAAGGACCUGGUUGAGAGGGGGCUUGUCAGGGUGGUGUCAAUUCACUCCAGCCAGCAGAUCUUCACCAGGGCGACUAACACUUGAUCACAUAUGUAUCCAGUGGAUGUUCUAGUCCAGUAGACUGAGGCUGUUUUCCUUAUGUGAUGCACUUUGUGGCCUGUGAUUGGGAAUGUUAUGAGAUUUUGUUUUAAUUCUAAAAUGUUGACAGCACAGUAAAUCCUAUAGUUGUGAGUGCAACAUUGUUUGAGGUCACGGUGCAUAUAAUCUUUUUGUCA